AUGGCUUUCGAACCGUCACUAUCCACUAGUGGCAUGCGCCCGCCGCUUGCUUCGGCUGAUGCACCGUCGAUGGCAGACUCACUGCCUAGCAUCAACUUUGGGUUUGAGGACCUACGCAACAGCAUGGCUCAAUUUACAGUCAAGUUCGAUGCAUUCAUUGAGCGCGGGCGGAAACGAGUUUUGGAGGAGCGCAAUCAGUUUCACAUUAAUCUGGCUGAAUAUGAAGAGGACGAACGUAUGCGCCAGCGUGAUAUCGAAAUCCUCAACCUGAAAUCCCAAACCCAUGAUCAGACUCUCCAGAAGGAAGCGGCCGAGGCGGCAGAAAUGCACGCAGCGAUCUCACAGAUUACCCUGGAGCGGGACACUCGCCUUACCAAACGUGACCGGCUGAAGCAGCAGAUCGCUGAGACCCAAAAGGCGAUUUCUCAGAAAUUGGAAGCACAGAAAGCACACGCUCAAAGUUUGGACGCACAGUCCCGUCUCAACUUCCCAGAAUUGGAGUUUUGGCAGGAUUAUCUUUGUAUUCGGAUCGAGGGCGCGGGGCGAGAGGACAGACUCAAGUUUGUCUAUAGUCAUCUUCUUGAGAAGGACUGGGAGGCCGAAGCUUGGUUUGAACUUGGUACUGCCAGUCGUGACUACGAAGUGUUCCGUUCGCGCCCUAAACUUGACCAAGAUGCGCUGGAACAUGUCGUUGAUCUUGUCAACGAUGAUCGGGACUUUGGAGCGUUCUUGAAGCGCAUGCGCAAAUUGUUUGUCGAUGCAAUGAACUAG